AGACUGGUUUCUUUGCAGUACACAGCUUGUCUCGCAAGCUAGGGACUUCGUCGCCGAUCCUCGUGCCAACAUCCAACGUUGGCGCGACUGUCCAUCACUGGUGACCUGCCCAGAUUAAUUUGUCAAUCAAAAGGUAAGAGAGGCCUCCUCGGCCUUAUGAGCAGAGAUUACCACAUUGGGGUCACACCGCGCCCUGGUCGGCCGCAAUCAUCGUUCCAUGCAGCCUCACCCCAUACGACCUCACCUUUGGCAGCCCACAACAUUUUUCAGAAUUGUGCUAAUUUAGCGAUUGCGCAGAUUCCCAAGUACAUUAAACGAAAUCUUGUACGUCAAGUACAAUCCGCAUACACACUCAGCUGGCAACGCUGUGAAUAUGGUACAACCAGGAAAGAAGACCGACACACCAAACGACACAACCAAAAGCUCACAAUCCAACAUGUCUUUCCAGCGAAAGGACAUGACUGGGGCGGGCAAGAAUGAGGGUAGACAGAAUGGCAAUGCCAGCUCUUUUCGCACAGAUACUGCAAUCUCUGGCAACCGAACUCAAGGAGAGCGGCCGUUACAGAGAUGGGUUCCAGAUGGCCCUCCAGAUACUCUCGGCUCAUUGGAAUCGGGCAGAAUGAACAACUCGGGCGGCGGCGCGUGGGAUCAAUUCGAGGAGAACGAGCGCCGGUUCGGUGUCAAGACUGACUACGAUGAGAAUAUCUAUACAACGACCAUCAAUAAGAAGCAUCCACAGUACAAGCAACGCCUUGCUGAGGCUGAGCGGAAGGCGAGAGAGAUUGAGCGUAGUGCUGCAAAUAAUUCUCAUGUUGCUGAGGAGCGUAUUGUGGAUAAUUUGGCUGGAGAAGAGAAUGGUGUUGACGAGGAAGACAAGUAUAGUGGUGUUCGCAGACAGCAGGACUUUCCUCCUUUGACCUCAUCGAACAACAACAGAUAUACUCCUCCUGCCAGAAGAGCGCCCACUGGAUCAUCUACUGUCAGCGGAGCUCCUGUAGACCCUGCUAUUAUCUCUUCACAGCUUGCUCGUCCCGACAAGCCUGUUGCUGACAAGGGAAAGGCUCCGGCGGCCCCAGCAGUCCCUAAGACUUCCAAAGCAGAAGUUUCUACACCUCCCACCACUACCGAGUCCAGUGUUGCUGCCACCCCUGAACCAAAAGCACCUGCAGCGGCUGCAGGCCUGUCAAGUCGAACUGCUUCUCCUCAGGUUAAGGCCGAUGGUGUUCCCAAUGCUACAGCAACUGUUGAGCGCGAUGUCGCGAGUGCAUUCAAAGGUUUUGCUGCUCAGCAACGCAAGAACGUUGAGGCUGUUCGCCAGUCCAGAGCUCGAAAUGACAAGGAGAUCAAAUUAAACGACCUGAAGAAGUUUGCUGACAGCUUCAAGCUCACAACUCCUGUUCCAUCAGAUCUUGUACCAAUUAUCGCCAAGGAUCCCGCGAAGCAGAAAGAGAUCCAAGAAAAGGCAAAGCGCAAUGCGGAGGAGAACAAGGCUAAUCCUUCUGAAGGAGUGAAGCCAAUCCCGCCACCAGUUGACAUGCGAGCGCCUCAGCGUACGGUUGCUGCCACUCAUGGCACAUCUCCUGCCAACGUCCCUUCACGUCAAAACCCUCCUCGCAACUCUGGCUUCGCACAACAAGGCGCAUACAGAGGAUCGUCCCAGGCCCCGCAACCUUCUGCCCAGCAAAACCGUCCCGCGCCUGGCCUUGGAGGCCGAUUGAGAAGCCUGGAUCAGAAUAAGGUCGGCCCAUCUCCGCCCAAUCCGAUUCCAGCCCAUGAGGCAAGACAACCUCCAACUGGCCCUGCAAAUGGGGAUUCAAAUUUCUCUCGUCGCUCAAGUGGAGUUACAAGCGCACAAGGAGCUAGAUUGAACCCAACAAUUGGUGAAUUCCGUCCUAGUCCUCAUGCAGCUUCGUUCAACCCCGUCAACAAUCAGAGCAAUGUUUCCAGUCCUAGAUCGACUGUCAAUGCUGCCCCUCCAGCGCCCAUCACACGUUCUCUUCUCCGACGCAAACCUAUUCCUGAGUCAGAACGUCCUUCUUUCAAGGCGAAGUUCAACUCAUUGGAUCAUAUCAAGACCAUCAAGCCAGCGCCAGAAAAGAAUUGGUCGUUGACUGGUGGGUUGAAGCCAGCUUACGAAACUCCUGUGCUUUGGAAGACAGCACUCCCAGGUGAUAAGCCUGAUUCAGCUAUCCAUAUGACCUAUGCUAGGAUGUUCGAGCUGGCACCAUUCCCAGCACAUACUAUUUCUCCUGCUGCUCCACCCCACGCUAUUCCGCAAGUUCCUCACCAGCACCAGCUUCCAUUCCACUUGCAGCAGAACGUUCACAACCCAGCUGUCCGCCAAUCCCCUCGACAAGCACCUAUGAACCUUCAUGGUAACCAAAUGCCUCAUGGUCCAGCUCAACCCUUCAAUGGUCACGACGACCACAGAAUGAUGCCCUCUCACUCUGCACAGUCAUUCGCAUCCCCUCGUAUGCAACAUACUCAAAUGCAGUACCAAUCGCCAAUGAACCAAAAUGCACAGAUGGCCUACAACCCACAAAUGAUGCCUUUUCCGAAUGGUCCACCAAUGCAGCAGCAGUUUCGUUCGAUGUCAAACAGCCAUCAAUAUAUGCCACAGCCAGGUCCUAUGGGCCCAAUCAUGAUGCCAAACCCGAGCGGCAUGUUCAUGACCUCCCAAGGUAUUCCACCUGGGGUUGGAUCGGCCCAAAUGUUUCCUCAAGGCAAUCAAGGAGGGUUCAUGCCACCGACUAACGGUAUGCCUCCACAAAUGCCAGGUGUUAAUGGAUUUCCAAGCCCUGGCCGAGGAGGUGCAAUGAUGAUGAAUCAGGGAUCUCAACAAGGUCAUCAACCCCCGCCACCGAUGUAUGGUAUGAAUCCGGGCAUGAACCCAGGCAUGAGCCCAGGUCCUCAGUAUGUAAAUACCGCCCAGGGUUACAAUCAACAACCUCCCCCAAACAUGGGAAUGAGAGGUUAUGGUGGUGGCCCAAACCAAUUUGGAACCAGUCCGCAGCAGAUGCACCAAUUUGGCCCGCAGCAACAGCACCGGAACAACCACUCCAAUGGCAACUACAAUAAGAACUUUCAACCCCAUGGUCAACACCAGAAUGGCCCGGCAAAUAACCAGAUCCCUACUGGACCCCAAGCACGUACGUCGGAGGGGAAUGAAGAGUCUAAAUGAGCGGCCCCGCCUCUCUUUCUCGACAUAUAACACGGCUUCGAUGCUUUGCAUCAACGUGUUAACAGCAUCUUAAGAAUAUCACUUCAUGCCCGUCGAGGUUUGGCUGCAUAUCUAGAUCUGCAACAUUCAUAGAGGAUCGUCGGCCAUUGCUUGGAUUGGUCGCCCUGACAACUGUCGUGGCAUUGGAUUUGACAAGUUCUCACACCGACUGAGCGCAAUUGGUGCGUUCUACAUUUUUGCUGAAGUGUGGACAUUGAUAGUAACUUUCGUGGAGAGAUCUGAUAUAUUUUCUCAGCAGAGGUUACCUAACGAUCAUCUCACGAACUGCUCACAAUGAGUCUGGACACAAAAUUCGCACUCCAACUGCAGCCUAGGGAGGAAGGGAGGGACCAUAGCACUCCUCGAACCUCUACGAGAGAACCGAGAGCUAAGUGCAGUGGUAGCUGAUCAGCCUGGCAGAUGAUGGGUUGGAGGUCGUUAGGGAUGGAUGGAUUAUGGAUUUAUCGAAGACUUCUUGUGGAAAGGGGGUGGUGACAAGGUGGUCAGAAGGGCCUUUCAAUAACUGCUCUUAUGAUGUUGUAUCCCCUAGCCUUAGGUCUACAAUCACUUUUCACAAACCCAUACGUCUGGCUUCAUUCCUCGUGAUUCGUGACAAGUAACUAGGUAACGGCGUAGAUGGCCUUUAACCAACAUUGGUAUUCCUCCGUUUUUAACCUCAUUCAUCAUCCUCCGAAUCACUAUCAGGCGGUAUCCCUGCCGCAACGUCACUCGGUAGCUGUCUCGGGAACCAGCCAAACUCCCCGAAAUCAACCAUCAACUCCCCCAAACUGCCCGUAUUAACCGUCACGCCUUCGCCUUGCAGCACAAGUGCUUGGUUCGCUGCUCCUGAUGGAUGGCCUCUGAACCCUCAUCAUUAUAUAAUCCAGAGAAAACACAACUGAGAUAACUUACCGAGGUGAGAUUAUCCCUUUUGAAUUGAUCACUCGCUGCCAGGGGACAUUGCCGUUGUAGUAGCGGGAGGUUGGGUCAUUGGAGAGGUGUUUGAGACAGACUCCAACUUGGCGGGGUCGUUGGGCUGGAUUGUGGUCAGUAGUCAGUUUCCCGAAUAGGUAGAUAUCAAAAAAAAAUUGUUCUGGAGAGGGGUUAGGUAGGGGUCCACGGGUAUUCUCCGUCAAAAAAAGUUGGGAGCUGGUCCCGCUUACGCGUUCCGAUCAAUUUGGCGAUAUGGCCGUAACUUGUUACUUUGCCUUGGGGGAUCUCUUGGAUGGCGCUGUAGACGGCGUGGAAGAAGGCUUCUGCUUCGUCUGUUCGUGGCAUGUUUCUUGCAGUUGAGUAAGUAUUGAACUGGGCUUUACAUGGUGUGGUAUGGUAUUUUGCUGGAAGGAGGAGCUGGAGAGGGGAUGGAGUGAAGCUGAAUGAUGGUGGAUCCGCGAUGAGCAAGUCGCGAAAUCAGCUGAUGAUCUGGCCUUGGCGAUGGCAGGGGUCCUUGAGUGCUUGCAUUGCUGUGAGACUCCUUCCUCGGUAUCUCCAGU